AUGCCUCUUAUCUUCGAAGAAGACCCUGAUCUAUUAUGGAAAACCCAACUGCGAGACCGCGUCAUGCACAAUCUUGACUGCGUAAUUCAGGAAACCAAUAUGGCUUACAAAAAAAGGCUUUCUGAGAACACCUCAGCAAGCUCUGAUGCUCGAUACCGGAUGGAAUUGGACCAUAGGCAGAACCUUGAAAAUUUGCAAUACAUGGCGGAGGAAGAGUUGAGGGCGAUGAUCGAGCAGGAGGAGCGGCAGAGGCAAGAAAAUCUCCGGGCACCGUGGAUGCACCCUGAGAAUGCCGACCAGUCUGUGGUGGAAGAACAGAUCGCUAUUCUCAAUCAAAUCCGCCAACAGUCCAUGAGCCGCGCGGUGGUAGAUGAAGAAUGCAACACGCCCUAUUUCCAACAAGGAUCUUCCUCGACAAUUUUUGACGAACCUUUGUCUCCGAUUCCCAUCCACGCGUCCCCUCAUUUGGGGGCCCAUGACGAUUAUUACACCUCCACUUCUCCGCCAAUCCCCGCCCCAAUACCUCCUGUCCAAUCUCCAAUCGACGAGGAAGCGCGUCUCCGCGCCGAAAAGCAAGCGAAACUCCAAGAAGAAUUUCACAAGCGCGCCGAAGCUAUUAUGCAGCGCAAAAAGAACGAACGCUGGAUCAGUCAGCAAGGGUGGGCCGAAGACAUGAGCUCCAACUCUUCCGCCACGUCUGCGUCCGAUCAGGACGUGCUUUCACCUACGGAGGCCUCCUUUGAGGCCGCCCAAUCCCGUCGACGAAUAAGCGAGCAAGACGCAGUCGACCUUGUCAUGUUCCACGAGCAGCGAUGGAACAUGCUCUCGCGGCUUCCGCACCUCCAGUGGUCCGAUUUCCCCUGGCCAGUGCUGAGCCUCUCAACGCCGAAGCGGAAGGAAGACCUUACAACGGAAGCCGUUGUCGAGUACAUCUUCGCUCCGCUCAACAUACGCGAUCGGCCUGUGGUAAAGGACAGGCUCAAGGAGCUGCUACGCAGGUGGCAUCCGGAUCGCUUCGACACCAAAUACCUGGCUCUCAUCGUCGACUUGAACGAACGAGAGAGAGUCAGGGAAGGCGCGGGUGCCGUCACCCGCAUUCUGAGCGACCUGCUCGGUAAAUGGAACGAACUUUAG